AGUCUGUUUCAAUUUUUUGAUUAAUAAAUCAACAACAACUGACAGUGCCGUCUAUAAGUGUACUUUUCAAUCAGGAUCUUACAAAUUGUUUACUUUGUUUGCAAGAAAUCGUAAAAAUGAUUGUGAUUAAAAAAUGUAAUGUAAAGUGUCUCUGGCUGUUGGUGUUAAUUUCGUUCAUUUGUUUGGCAAAUGCACGACAAAUUCGCUACAGCCGUUAUAAUACAGAAGUGAUAGAAGACAGUGUGCAGAAUCAGAACAGCACUAAUGUUACUGAUAAUCAAACUGUAGAUGAUGACAGUGAAAUUGAAGCAACAGUGCGAGAAAUUAAACUGGCACCAUAUCCUGCAAGUGGCUUCAGACCAUCAAGAGCAUUUCCUUUGCCAAACGAGCAAGCCGCGAGAAAUGCACAAAGUGAUAUUGAGGCACAAGUUACAGAUGAAUCGGUAUUUGCAUCAACGACCGAGACUAUCGAUUUCGCCACAACGACGCUAGGAUAUGAAGACGAGACAACUACUAUUAACAGUAUAGCUGAAGAUAACUUAAAUGAAGAUGAUAGUGAAAAAGUAGAGAGUGGAGAUGAUGUACUGGCAGAAACUGAAGCACCCAAGGCUCCUUACCCUCCAGCUGGUUUUCAGCCUAGAAUACCUUUCUUGUUGCCCACGGACUUUUCGUUGAAAAGCGAGCAGCAACUGAAAGAGGAAGAAAAUUUGACAGAAUUGCCCAACGAAGAUACUACUGAAUUGCCGGCUGAAACUGAGGUUAAAGCACCUUAUCCAGCAGCUGGCUAUAGGCCAUCUAAAGCUUUUCUCUUACCAUCAGAACAAUUACAAUUAGAAGCCGAAAAGAAAGAGGAUGCAAAACCUCAACAUGAUAAUAGCAACCAUCCGGUGUGUGGUUCCAGUACUAAUCCAUUGGCUCCAAAGCCCAUAGACGGCGAAAAAGAAGAUCCGGACUCGGAGUCCAUUAAUGUUAACAUCCAAACUCAACAAAGAUCUCAACAACAACGAGCUGUCGUAAUACCAGUACGUUUUUCGGUGCAUCCUCUUCUGCUUACCAGACCUCUUGUCUACAGUGCUCCCAUACCAACAUCAUGGUGAAACAUUUAAGACAUUUUUAUAGAAUUUUCCUUAAAAAAGGUUUUAAAUCUAACAUUUUUCAGUAUUUCACUUAAAUUUCUUCUGUUAAGUUUAUAUUUUUUACACUUUUUUUAUAUUUUUAAUAAGUUCAUGCAAAAUGUAACACAAUAUACAUGCUAUAUUUUAUAUUCAGAAAAAAAAAACAACAAACUUUGUUUGAAUAAAAAAUUGUAUUUUUU